AUGAUCAUCCCCGUGCGCUGCUUCUCCUGUGGAAAGGUCGUGGGUGACCUUUGGGAGCGCUAUCUCGAGCUCCUCGACCAGGGUGUGGCUGAUGGUGAUGCUAUGGACCAGCUUGGUUGCCGCCGUUACUGCUGCCGGCGUAUGAUCAUGACCCACGUGGACCUGAUCGAGAAGCUCCUUCGGUACAACACGGCCGAGAAAGAUCGUGCCAAUGCGCAGGCUUAA